AUGGCUGACCGUGGAACUUCUCGAGGUGGUGGCUUCGGUGACCGUGGCCGUGGUGGUGACCGUGGCCGUGGACGUGGACGUGGCCGUGGACGCCGUGGUGGAAAGAGCGACGAGAAGGAGUGGCAGCCCGUCACCAAGCUCGGUCGUCUCGUCAAGGCCGGCAAGAUCAACAGCAUGGAGGAGAUCUACCUGCACUCUCUCCCCAUCAAGGAGUACCAGAUCGUCGACAACUUCCUGCCCAAGCUCAAGGAUGAAGUCAUGAAGAUCAAGCCCGUCCAGAAGCAGACCCGUGCCGGUCAGCGCACCCGAUUCAAGGCCAUUGUCAUCAUUGGAGACUCUGAGGGCCACGUCGGUCUCGGUAUCAAGACCUCCAAGGAAGUCGCCACUGCUAUCCGUGCCGCCAUCAUCAUCGCCAAGCUGAGCGUUAUCCCCGUCCGUCGUGGUUUCUGGGGCUCCAACCUUGGUCAGCCUCACUCUCUGCCCUCCAAGCAGAGCGGCAAGUGCGGUUCCGUCACCGUCCGUCUCAUUCCCGCCCCCCGUGGUACCGGCCUCGUUGCCUCCCCCGCCGUCAAGCGAUUCCUCCAGCUCGCUGGUGUUGAGGAUGCCUACACCUCAUCCGCCGGUUCCACCAAGACCCUCGAGAACACCCUCAAGGCCACCUUCGUCGCCGUCACCAACACCUACGGCUUCCUCACCCCCAACCUCUGGAAGGAGACCAAGCUGCUGCGCAGUCCCCUGGAGGAGUUCGCUGAUACCCUGCGGGCUGGUCAGAAGCGAUACUAG